AUGCACCAACACGAGAUAAAAGAUGAAGGCCAAGACAGCCCUGCAGAUUUGAAACUUCAGAACACGUCAAAUCGCAAUCCUAAAUGUACGCGGUGUAGAAAUCAUGGCAUUUUGUCAGAUCUUCGCGGACAUAAACACCAGUGUCGCUUCAAAGACUGCUCUUGUAUGGACUGUCGAACUGUAGCUGAACGGCAGCGUUUAACGGCUGCCAGGAUUGCGCUUUUUCGUCAGCAAAAGGGAAACGAAGCAGACAUGAUCGUUAACUCGCCAGAAUUAGAACAAAUGGAAGCUGGUUUAUUAAAUGGAUGGAUGAACGGAGAACAUGAGCAUCGAGACGGUAAGUUUUAAGAACUACUACUAUAUGCUUAACAUUCAUAUUUAUAAAGAGUUGGUUUAAAUGCAACCUACUCGAAGAGUAAUCUUUUAUACCUCUUCCAUGCUUGUUCCAGAAGCUGUUACGUAGUUCGAUAGCAUCAGCAUCAAUGAUUCUACCAUAUGUAUUUGUUUAUGCAACCAACACAAUUCCGUGUUCCUUUCGUCAAUUCGACAGAGAAUGAUUCUAACGAUGUUUCCCAAUCCUGAAAGUAUCAAUAAUAAUUUCUUUAGAGCACGUGUUGAAAACAGAAAACAUUUGCAGUGCUUCUUGCCGUACAAUUUUGUUUAACAAGUCAGGUUCAUUUUAAAAUGAUUAUUCUUCGGAUUGCAGAAUUGUUGCACACUGCCCCUUAUCUGACACUUCUUCCUAAAAGAAAUAAAUUUAUACUGAGUGAAAUGAGUAAAAAGUUUGUUGUUUUUGAAGGAAUCGAAUAUCAUAGCGUUCGAAAAACGUGUGUUUUCUAAAGGAAGUCGCCAUUUUGAUCGUUUACAAACCGCAAAUUUCCGCCGUGUGCCCGUCAAAAUGACGGGGCUAAUGAGAUUUAUCUUUGAGUACGUUAUAUAUAAAGAGAACUCAAGAAUUACUGGCUAAAACCGCCAUAAAUUUUUGUCAUCGAAUGGUUCCUUGAUUUCAAUCACAAACUAAAGAGGAACAUUCAAGCUUUGAAUAUUCUGCAGAUCUUUCUGAUCAGAAAGAAUUAAAAUUCUAUUUUCAGGAACAGUCGUUUUAUCGUCCAAUUUGACCAAAGAAAAACUUUUAUAAUCUUGGAAUCUGAUGUCUGUUAUCUAUAACAAUCUUCCAAAUCAAACACCAUUUUUAACCCAUUAUUGACCUUUUGUAGCGUUCGUUGACUGGAAAACGUUCUGGACAGCAUAGGAAAAAUCUCUCGGAAAUCGACCCAGGAAAACAAGAUUUCGGUUAAACUUCUGAUGAUUGUACCGACGUACUUGAAGUUAAUAAUAAUGCAUUUUUGAAAAAAGUACUACAGACCCUAACUCGCGUACAGUGCGGAAGGUAUUUGUAGUCAAGCAGGAAAUAACGUUAUGCAAUCAACUAAGACCGUGAAACGCGCGAAAUCUCAUCAAGAUGUUAGUUAAGUUUACGAUAUCGAGGUUUUAAAAUUCGACGGAUAGAUCUCUUUGGGCUUUGAUGUCCGCUAAGUAAACUGUUUUACAAAUGGCACAAUUGCCUCUCUGUUCUUUCAAUUCUUACCGCUGUUCGCGCGAAAUUCAAAACAAUGCACUUUUAAUACUUACGUCGGCAUUUUUCAUUCCCAAUCCACUCUUAAUUUCUUCCGCUUUCUGCAAUGCGGCUUUUAAAGGAAAUCAUUUCGCUGGGUAAAAAGUUAAAUUAAUAGCGCAGCUUUCAAAUAUGGGUAAAGUAUUUUGCAGAGAAGCUGAACAAGAAUGUUAAUUUAAAUAUUGAAAGACAAUUGUUUUUCAGUUCAUCUACAUGGUAGUGUCUUUAAAGAGUGUCUGCAGAGUCCAAUUUGUCUUUCAAUAUACAAGUUGCGUUCUUCUUUUCAAAUAUAAUUAUUUCCUUUGCCUUCUUUUAGUGUUCAGUACCGCCCUUAACUUUAAUUAGCUAUUGAAAGGAACAGUAUUCAUUUCAAAAAAAGGAGUCUACUGUUCGCAGCUGUAAGCCAGAAACGCGAUGAAGGCAAACAAAUUUUAUAACAAUACAUGCGACUGGCCACUAAUUGAAGGCACGCUUCGCUGCGUUCAUAUGAUUUUUUUAACCGGAAAUAUGACUAAGGUUUUUAACUUAGAGAUUGAAAAGUGAAAACGAUGAUAUUGAGGAGGUAUACAAGCGAGCGCAUGGUCAACGACAUAUGAAAACGACUCACCGGAAAGCUUUUUAAUCUCUUGAUUUGUUCAUCUUUACAAUCAGUAGCUAUUGUUUCAAAAUCCCUUUAUCGUGCUGUAGCGUAAAUCACAAGUGAUAGACAACACCCCCGCAUUCCUUAAGUUCCUAUGGCAAUUAAUCGUUAUUGAAAGCAUUCAAGGUGUUCCGGUUCUCAAGAUUAAAAUUUUCUUAAUGAAUCUCUGUACUCUUCACUUGCCGAAGCCGUGAGAAACUUUCCACAGGAAAACUUUUGAUUAACUUUGAAGCAUCACAAACUUUUUGUGCGCUCGGUUAUCUUGAGAAUCCAUCCCCAACAAACGUUGGAAACCAUGUGGUACAGAGUUCAUCACAGAAAUUCUUUUUCGGGUAAGCUUUUGCACAAUUACAAUUUGCUUGAGUUGAUUAUUACUUCUUUGAGUUAUUUAACAAGAACUGAAAUACAUCAAGAAGAAAUAAGUUGGCGAGUGAGAAUUUACGAACAAAACCUAAGAACAAUUUUUUUUUCUACUUGAAGAACAGGACGUGAUAAAAACUAGGACUCGUCAUCACUUACAAUUAAUUUCAAACAGAAAGACAAACAGAUAAAACGAUGGUCGUUUCGGUGUUGUUUUUUUAGGAAAGUUUUCUCGAAUUUUUCCAGAUAUUUCGAAAGAUCGCAUGGUUUAUUGGACUUUUAUAAUAAAGUUCCUAAGGCUUUUUUUAGAAAUGUAAGUUAAGGUUCUCGAUCAUACGUUGUUCGCAGUUACUGUAUGAGCUAAUAAACUACACGAAGCAAGAUUUUUCGUGAAAGGAAAGAUUGCUGCUUUAAGGCUUACAGAAAAUUUGAUCAGACAAUGGCGGUCUUUUUUUCGUAUAGAUUGCUGUAAAUUAGUCCACAGCAAUAGCAAAUGCUUCCGAAUGAACUUAGAAACAAAUAAAAAGAGAGAGCAGAAAAGUCCUUUUAUUUUUCUGACGAUUGGCUAACGCUUGAAACGUCGCCUGUUGAAGCUAUAUAUGGUGGCCAAUUUACAUAGUCAUCAUAGUUGAUGACACAAAAUUCUUGUAAAAUCGUGUCUCUUGAACGCGUCCUGGUUAAACCAGAAGUCAGAUUUUAUUCUUGGUUACGUUCCUCUCAUUGAAACAAUAAUUCGCUAGUAAAAAAUGUGCUUUCACUUUAUUUGGGGGCGCAGAAAUAUGCAUCGCCGUUUGUUUGAUUCAAAGUUUUAAAGGUUUCGAAACAUGAAACCGUCAGAAUUUUGAUAUCGGCAAUCAUCACGCCGAUUGUCUGAGCAAAUCGAAAAUUGUCCAAUUCAAAAGUUGAAACUGUCCAUCAGAUAAAAAAUUAAGUUUUUUUCGUAAUUCGAAAGUUUCACGAAAAUGUGUUAGGGAGCAAUUUAAGCUCCUGUCUUAUAUUUCAUAUUUCAUAUCAGCGUGCGCAUGCACUAUACUGAUAAGGUCGAAGUGCACUCCAUAGCUCCUAACUUCAGAAAGCAGUAUUAACUGUAAUGGGAAAAUAAGCAAGGCUCUCGGUUUAGGAUUCUUUGCUUAACACUCUCGGUUUAGGAAAAAAUUCAAACCCGAACCCAUGACCCAACUUUGCUUUUCGUUUGGCCUUUUUUUUUCCUGCUUAAGUGGAAAUUUGCGAAGAUCGAUAUUCACGUCUUUAUCCGCAGUUCAAAUAUACGACUUUUGGCACAGUUUAUUCACGUUUAUUUGGAACCAACAACCAGCUCCCAGUUGGUUUGUUAGUUCAGUUGGUGGAGCACUGCACCGGUAACUUCCGUAUUUAGAUUGUCACGUCUUUAUCGCAGUUCAAAUAAAUGUUGUUCUGACUGAUAAGUUGUUCUGGAGAUUCACUCACUGUGUUUUCUCACACCAUCUAGGAUUGUUGAAACGAAAACACAGCGGCGGACGAGAUCCCAGUAGUAGUAACAGCCCAGAGAGUUCCGACAGCGAUUAUGGCGGUGGUAUGGCCUCGGCCUCUAAAAGACCUCAUGCGGAGUCCCCCUUGACACUUCCUACGGUUAUUCCACCGCCGACGGAUAUCCUGACAAGGGCAUUUCCUGGUUUAUCGUCCACGGUGCUUGAACACGUGUUAAAAGGCUGUAAUGGAAAUGUUCUUCAAGCCAUUGAAGUAAUCGUGCAAUACAACGCGAGCAGAUCACAUACAAACGGUCUUCUCGGUCAGUCGAAUAUACUGCAGGCUCAACCUCCGAAUGACGCCAAUCCCCCAGCUCCUCCACCUCCUCCCCAGGCUUCUCACGUUCCUCCCCGUCCUCAGCUUCCCUUCCACCGCUGUUCAAAUUUAACUACGUAA